AUGAGGAGAUGGACAGUGAGUAAGAGUGUGUCUGCGUGCUGGUCGGUGUGUGUCGUUUAUUUUCUCGCGGUCUCCGUCACCUGCCGCGGCGCAUGCCUCCGGGUCUCCAGCUCCGCAUCCACCUCCACCUCCGGCCGGCAUGCGCGCAGCUACGUGCACCUCCAGGGCGACGUGCGCCAGAGGAGACUCUUCUCCUUCCAGAAGUUCUUCCUUAGGAUCGGGAAGGACGGGAAAGUGAACGGCACCAAGAGCGAAGACGACCCGUACAGUAUAUUGGAGAUCACAUCGGUGGAUGUUGGGGUUGUUGCUAUCAGAGGUCUUGGCAGUAAUCUUUACCUGGCUAUCAGUAAGAAAGGGGAGCUGUUUGGAGUGAGAAACUACGGCACGAAUUGCCGCCUGAAGGAGCGCAUCGAGGAGAACGGCUAUAACACAUAUGCAUCGGCCAAGUGGAAGAACAAUAAGCGGCAGAUAUUUGUAAGUCUGAGCGCUCACGGACGGCCUCUACGUGGCAGGAAAAACCGCAGGAAGAACACGGCUACUCACUUUUUGCCCAUGGUGGUGUGA